AUGGCAAGUGCACCUGGAUCGUAGCAAAGGCUAUCCUCUAGCUGACUCGUGCAUCUGAAAUCAAAUACAGUCCGCUCAUGAUGCACCCUUCGUUGCGUGGACCCGAGCCAUCGCCGCCGUCGGCUUGGGUCUCACCGCCGGAUACACGACCUCCAUCGUCAGUUCUAGCUGCUUGUGGUGUGUGACGAUCAGCCAUCUGACUCGCUUUACUCUUUUUAAACAGUCUAUCUCGUCGAUGAAGAAUAUCUACCGAGUGCCGACGCUCAGCCCGCGUGAUCGACUGGUACGUUGCCCGCUUAGGCCCCCCACGAACCUCCCACAGGGGCAACAACCUGAUACUAACCACUCUGUAGCCAUCCUCUCGACCCCGCGUUGAUUCCCUCUCCUUGUAGCACCUCUGGAGCUUGACCUUUGACAGUGGAGCGGCCUUGAUGAAACCUUUGAUCCCCUUGCUCACCACUCUGCUCGCGACGUCGGCCUACUACGCUACCAAGCCGGCUCUCUACGUGCCCCACAACUGGAUCGCCUCCCAACGCCGGGUACAUCCACAGACUUACGCUUGGGUCAAAUCGUCAUAAGCUGCUAGCUGAUAUGAUGCUCCUCCUUCUUCUCCCGUCGUCAUGCCAAACCCUUGAAUCGUUCACUGCGGGGGGCGCAAAUAUACUAUCUCACUCACAGGCCGUCCUCGCCGUCAGCGCCGCAUUGACGCUCUUCAACUUCCCCUGGACGUUCCUCACCAUCCUCCCCAUUGUCAAGAAGCUCAAGGUGAUUGAGGCCAAGAUCGUCAAAGGUCAGUCGCCGGACGAGGAGGACAAGAGUGUGCGGCGAUUCGCAAGGACUGAUCUAUCAUUUGGUGCUUCUCCUGCAGAAAGCAAGGACGGCGAUGCUAUCAGCACCGGCGACAGUAAGUCUUCCUCAACUUGACUAUUCCCUCCCUCUGCCCUGAUCGUGUGGCAGCUAACAGCAAGCCCUUCUCGCUCUUCCACUGCCCUCUCCUCUCAGCCGAUUACGACAUCCAAUCCUGGACCAAGUUGCACCACGUGCGCUCGCUCGCGUGCACGUUGGCCUUCACCUUGUCCGUGCUCGAACUUGUCUCGGCAUAA